GGCGCUGGCAGCACUGGGGCUUCUCAUGACCCGGCUGGGCCCAGCUGCGCGUUUGUGCCCUCUCGGUUCCGUGUGAAGGCAGCAUGGCUGCGGCCCGUGUGCGAGCGGUCAGUAGGGCUGGCCGCCUGGUUUAUGACCAAGCUAAAGCACCGCUUCUACCUCUGAGAACCGCGGGCAGAGCUUACGGAACCAGCCGGUUCGGAGCGGGACGUUCGCCCUGUGCGCCGCUGCGCGGCGGCGGGGUUUUGGGUUGCACGUUCAUCUUUGGCGGUGGGUUCGGGUUCGGAUUCGGUUUGUACCAGACAGUCAAACUCACCCUUCAGCAGCACCUCGCAGAAGAAGCAAAGGCACCAGAUCUUGGAACAGAUCUUAAGCUGACACUGUACCAAUACAAGACCUGCCCAUUCUGCAGUAAAGUACGAGUGUUCUUAGACUACCAUGGCAUCUCAUAUGAAACUGUGGAGGUUAAUCCCGUUAUGCGACAAGAAAUCAAGUGGUCUGAUUACAGAAAAGUUCCCAUCCUGAUGGUGAAUGGAACUGUUCAACUUAAUGACUCAUCUGUCAUUAUUAGUGCUUUGAUGACCUAUCUCAUGAGCAAAGAGAAGACAAUUCCUCAGAUUCUUGCCUGUUACCCUGAAAUGAAGGCAAAAAAUGAGCAUGGAAAAGAGGUCAUAGAGUUUGGCAACAAGUACUGGGUGAUGGUGAAUGAUGCAGACUGUGGGCAGCUAUAUCCAGAAAAGGAUUCUAGAAAUGAGGAAAUGAAGUGGCGGAAAUGGGUAGAUGAUUGGCUUGUGCACCUUAUUUCUCCUAAUGUCUACCGUACACCUGGGGAGGCUCUGGCUUCAUUUGACUACAUAGUCCGUGAAGGGAAGUUUGGCAGAUUUGAAGGAUUUUUUGCCAAGUAUGUUGGAGCAGCUGCAAUGUGGAUCAUCUCAAAACGGCUCAAAAAUAGACAUAACCUGCAGGAGGAUGUGAGACAGGACCUCUACAAGGCUGUCAACGACUGGAUGGCAGCAGUUGGAAAGAAGAAGUUGUUCAUGGGAGGAGAGAGUCCCAACCUUGCAGAUCUGGCAGUGUUUGGUGUUCUGAGGGUUAUGGAAGGUCUUCAGGCUUUCAAUGACAUGAUGGAGAACACCAAAGUUAAGAACUGGUACAGACGUAUGGAGAAGGUUGUCAGUCACAAUCAGUCAUCCUGAAUAAAUAAUUUCACAUCUUUCUUAACAUUUCUGACAGGGAACCGUUUGUUUUAUGUCAGUCCAAUCAGCAAUGCAAUGGAAUAAAGUAACAGUACUCCAAACUGAA